ACGAGAAGCAGUGAGAGAAUGACUUCAGCUCUUUGUUAUCCAACGACCCUGCCCAAGCUCUGCAGGGAAUUCACUUUGAACCCUAAAUGCUCACAGUUUUCCCCUUCUUUCUUUCCCAAAUCUAGGUUUCCGAGCAGCGCUUCUCUGUUCAGACCGUGUUGUUCUAGGAAUGGCUGGGGUGGUGAGGAUCCUUUUGAGAACUUCUCAGUGCUGGAAACUGAUACUCCAUGGGAUAGUGCUGACAUGUGGAGUACAUUAGCAGGAUACAUCUUCACCUUGCACGUCCCUCUUAGCUUUGGUGGAGUAGCCUUUGUGGCUAAAACACUCCGGCCUUUGCUUGACCCACUUACAAUGGCGUUGUCAAUAAUUGUAAUCCAAAUGAUGGAAUUGACAGGGGCAAUGUUGCUAUUAAGUUUUACUGCAAAGAAGGAAUAUCAGAUUUCAAGCUUCUUCAUUGGAAAGUUGUUUUCAGAAAAAAGAAGCUGGAUUAAAGCUUCAGCAACAGGAGUAGUGUUUCUUAUUGGUUUGAUGUUCCUCACAUCUAGCAUUGCCGAUAGUUUACUCGAAGCAAAGGAGGAUGUAAAUGACCCAAUAAUGAAGGAGAUGUUCUUGGGCAGUCCAUUAUCCGAGAUUGCAACAGUAUCUCUCCUCUGCUUCACAACGCCAUUGCUCGAGGAAACAAUAUACAGAGGAUUUCUUCUCACUAGUCUUGCCAAGGAAAUGAAAUGGUGGCAAGCCAUUAUAAUCAGUGCUUGUGUUUUCAGCAUUGCUCACUUCUCCUUUGAGAGUUCUCUGCAACUUUUCCUUGUUGGCAUUAUUCUUGGUUUUGUUUAUUGUUGGUCAGGAAACUUGGCUGCUCCUUUUCUUGUCCAUUCUUUGUAUAAUGCUGCAGUUUUACUGCUUGAUUACAUGCUUUAGAUUCUGAAACAGAGAGGAUUAACCCCACAUUAGGAUUAACCCAAAAUUAUAUGUAAAUUUUUUUU